AUGACUGAUAAAAUUAAACAAUCGCCGGUCAUAGGCGCUAAGCCUGUGCCUAUGAAGUUAUUUGCUACUUGGGAAGUUGAUAGGACUCCUCCGAACUGUAUUCCUAGAUUAUGCUCGUUAACUUUAUCGAGACUGAUUGUUUUAAAACCAUUAGGAUCUGACGUAUUGUCUUUAUCGAUUGCUGUUAAAAUGCAGGGCUCCAAAAGAACUCUGCGAUCUAAUGAAAUGACUCUACCUGUAAAUGCACUGCUUGAUACAGAACUGCAGUUACAUUUUUCUCUUCAGUAUCCUCACUUUUUAAAACGUGAUGGUAAUAAGCUUCAUGUAAUGCUUCAAAGGCGUAAACGGUAUAAAAACCGAACAAUUCUUGGAUAUAAAACAUUAGCUGAUGGAGUGGUUAAUAUGUCUCAAGUGCUUCAGAGACCUUUAGAUCUUGAAUUAGAUCUAUUAACUGAUGGAAAAGAAUCGAAAAUAAAUAACAUUGCUGCUAGAGUUACUGUACAUGCUUUAAAUAGUCAACCUGUUGAUUAUGAGGGACCUACAAAAACUACACUUCAUCAUGUUCGAAUUGGAGAUUUUUCUGAUGAAGAUGAAGAAUUUAGUAGUAAUGAUGAUGGAUCAGAUUCUGAACCCAUGCUGGAAGACCAUAGAGAAAGGAAAGCCAGCCUUACACCAAAUUCUACACAAAGGAACCUAAAGCAGAAGUUUAUUUCCCUACUGAAGAGAUUUCGUGUUAAUGAGGACCUCCAUGGUCUGGAUCCUGAUCGUGAAAAAGCUGGUGGUGAUAUGGAUCCUGCAGACAUAGCAGAUUUAUUUGAUGAGUUUGAUUUAAGUGAUUCAGGCCCAGAAGUGGAUACAUUAAGCAUUACUUCUACACCAAAACCAUCAUUAAGACCUUUUUUCUCGUCAUCUAGUCGGUCUCUCUUGCAUGACUCUGUCAGUACGCCAGGUAAUGUAGCUUGAG